ACCUGUCUUAACUUCCCAUUUGAAUAAUAUUUUGACCGUAGACCUUAGACCGUAAUCAAACCUAACUCUCCGAAAUGCCGCGUAAGAAGGCGCCACCGCUGUCGACAGGUGCACUGGCUUUCAUUGUGUCGACUAAUAUGGAGAAGCCUGAUAUGCAGAUGCGCAAGUUCAUCCGUAGCCAUGUUAUGGUAGGCAAGAAUGUCGGUCGAACUCUACCAGAUCGGCGGAAGAAAAAGGCACUACCAGAAAAUGCACCGAAGUUCUCGCAUAAUUCAAGUGGCAGCUUCAUGAACACGCCUGAUGAGGCUGAAGAAUGUCUAUCUUCUGCAUCUCUACGCUUCGGCAACUGCCUUUCGACAUUAGGUCCGGCUGAUCCAAGCACUGAUUAUCAUGAAUUGAACCCAGUCUUGCGGUUCUCAGCAAUAGCUAAGAACUUGCUGUUUGUUCUUGAGCCAUGCAUAUUUUUUGAGCGACGUGCUGAAGAAUGGAUCAGUCCUCUCACCACCGACCCGGUGUAUAUGCACUGCCUGAUAUUCACUUCGCAAUACUACUUCGACGCUUUGUCUAUCGGACGUUUUGGAAACAACGUGCCGGUUAAUCGCCAGACGGUGCCACAUUUUUUCAAAGCUCUGAGCUUGUUGCAGAAUCGCUUGAGCGAUAAAAGCAAUCAGAUGAUCGUAGCAAAUUCAACAGCUGCUGCGAUUAUGGGACUUUCUGCUUAUGCUCUGAUCAUAGACGACGUCAAUUUUGCGCGGAAGCACGUGGAAGCCCUUUGUCGUAUUGUGAGAAUGAGAGGCGGCACCGCAUCAUUUAAAGGCAGCGAAAAAUUGCUGUUGGAGAUAUUAAGGAAUGAUCUCGGUCUUGCGCUGGCUAAGGGAACAAGCCCGAUGUUCCUGAAAAUUAUGUCCCCAGAGGAAGCAUUACUACAAUUUCCGGAUCUGAAAUCAUUCCUUGAGCCACGCAAUCUACCUGUUGCAGCUACAAACUUUGUUUAUCUCAAGGAUGUGGAGCACAAAUUGAUUCAGGCUUGGACAGUGUUAGCAAAUUUUUGCACGCUUAUCAACUUCGCGGCAGACACUGAGCAAAAAAUCUCGACACAUACAUUCCUCCAUGUGAUGACAUCAGUUAUGUAUCAGCUCCUAGCCAUGCAGAGCUGUUUUGGUGCUCACAACGAGCUGGUUCGCCUGGGGCUUAUAGUUUUCUCCUCUAGCAUCUUUCUCCAGUGGAAAACUAUUGGACUGCGUUACGAACAACUUACCAAGACAUUUUUGAAGCAUAUGAAGCUAGUUUCUAACAUCGAGAUGUCACCGAGGCUAAUUUUAUGGAUGGUAAUGAUCGGUGCAAUAUCAUUGUUGGAUCAAGGGCAUGACCAUUGGGUGAGACCGCUUUUCCUGAUGAAUAUGAGACUCUGUGGUGUUCAGACUUGGCAAGACGUGCGAAGCGUUAUGACUGAAUUUUUGUGGAUAUCAUUCGUCCACGACCAGCCUGCUAAGUCAGUAUAUGAGCGUAUAGCCGGUCAAGUAUGUCGGAGAGAGCAGAAUCUGUAUAAUUGAGAGAGGCGCGUUUCCAUUUUUUUUGAAGUUGUAUAUACAGUUGACACAGACGCCAUUGUCACC